GCGCGAUGCCGCCUCGCCGCUCUGCGAGGGCGAAGAGCCGCAAGGCCGUGCCCGCCGAGGUUCCCUCUCCCACCGCGAGCCUCGCCGACGAGAGCGACGUCGACGACCCCGACCGCGCCGGCUCCUCGUCGCCCCGGGGCGGCAGCAAGAAGGCGCGCACGACCAAGGGCAAGGGCAAGCAGACGCCUGUGGACGCGUCGGACACCGAGAGCCCGCCCAAGAAGCGCAAGACGCAGCCCGGUCCGCCUCGUGCGCCCAAGCACAAGCCCGUCUUCAGCAUCGACCUCCUGCUCAAGCUCCCGUUCGACCUCGUCGCCGAGAUCUGCUCGCACCUCAACGGCGGCGAGCUCCUCCAGCUCUCGCGCACCUGCAAGACGCUCCGCGAGUUCCUGUACGGGCCGCAGUCGUCGUCCAUCUGGGCAGCCUCCCGCCAGCGCCGCGGCCUCGUCCUGCCCGAGGACAUGACGGAGCAGCAGCUUGCCGACCUGCUCCACCGUACCACCUGCGUCAUCUGCGAGGGAGACUGGGCGUACGCGACUGUCUACUACCUGCGCACGUUCCUCUGCUGGACUUGCGAGAAGAUCAAGUUUAUCCAGGGCAGCAAGAUCCGCAACGGGCUCCAGGGCUUGCACCCGCAGGCUCGUCAGUGUGUCCGCUACGACCCCGGCCGCCUCGAUCAGCCCAAGGCCAAGUACACCUACGUCAUCCACGAGCUCUGGGCAGAGAGCGCCAAGCUGUACGAGCUCGCCGAGCAGGACGAGGCGGUCGCGCACGCGCACGGCGCCUCGCGCUCCAAGAAGUCGAAGCGGGCCAAGGGCGCCAGCAGCGACGUUCCCGGCGCCGAUUCGCUCGCCAAGUACGUCAAGGAGAAGGAGGAGUGGGUCGAGAGGGGGCAGGCGGUGUCCCAGUCGCUCCACGACGCUAUCCAAGCCGAGCUUCGUGCUCGUCAGCAGCUCAUCGAGGACGAGAACAAGCGCAAGAGCGACGAGCAGCAGGCCAAGAUCGCCGACUUCCACCGCAACCUCCGCAACGAGCACGACUGGACCGAGGCCGAGACGACGUGGCUCGGUGCGCGCCUGUACCACCUCCAAGCUCCGAGGACGGUGCCUGAUGUCGACCCUGCCGGGUGGGCGGCGUUCCGCAUCCUCGUCAAGUCCCAAAUCGCCCGCGAGGCGACCGCGACCGCCGCUCGGCUCGCUUUCGAGACUCGCCGAGACGCCAUCAAGCCGUACUAUGACUCGUUCAAGGCGGCGCAGCCCGGGCUCGUGUCGCGCGUCGUGCCCGAGUUCGCGUUCUUCCUCGACUGGUCCGCGGUCAAGCCUCUUUGGCAGCCUGUCGAGGCGGCGCCCGUCUCGGACGCCAUCUGGGCUCGUGCCCUGCCCGCCAUCCGCAAGAAUUUCGACGACUACCAGGAGGAGCUGCGCGUCGAGGCGAUCCGCGCCAUCCUGUGGGCGACGACCCGCACCGCUCCCGCCUCGCGCGACCCGGCCGACUACCCCGAGUCGACGUACGACCAGGACUGGUUCGAGCGCCCGACCGCCAUGUUCUGGGGCGAGAGCCACGCCAACCUGUCGAUCUCGUUCCCUCGCCCUUUCCCCGACACGCUGUGGGACCACCAGGCCGUCGGGUGCCGCAAGGAGUGGCUGCGCAAGCACAUCGGCGACCACGAUGUCGCCAUCAUGCGCGUCAUCCUCGACGCCGUCGGCUGCAAGGAGGCGUCGACGAAAUGGUGGCACCUCGGCGGGUUCGACUUGCGCUGGGUCGACUCGCCGUACAAGCAGGCCAAGGAGCGCAACCGCCGCUACAACUACGUCGAACUGCUCUACGCCCUCAAGCGCCGCGGCCCCAAGGCCUACCAGCUCGCGUCGCGCACCAUGGUCCCGCAGAUCGAGGUGUGGCAGGACGAGGAGGACGACUCGCUCGAGGGGUGCGAGCUCGAGGACUUUGACGGUUCCGAGGAAUGCGGGUGAGCGGGCGCGGCGAGAUUUGCUUGUCUAGCAGGGAGGGCAGUCGCUUGGAACGCUUGUUCGUGUCGUCUGUCAA